AUGAAGUUCAUUGGAAUACUGUCAUUGUGCGCGGCUGCGGCUGCUGCACCCCUUGCUAGCGAAGCCAAAGACUCUGCACUUGUGUCAGCCAACGUCAAUGUAACCGUUGGCGGCAGUGACAAUACCGUCCCCAGUGCGCUUCUGUUAGAAGCCGAAUUGCUUAUCGCUCAAGCUCAGAAGAUUGCUUCUACCCAGGCUACAAAGGCCUUGCAAACUCGAUCUACCAAGAACCUUGAGGGUAUUGCGCCCGAAGUUGAUGGUCUCGUUCAAAUCCUGAAGACGCCAGGAGUGGACAUCAACAAGCCUAUUGACGAGCUGCCUGAAACGUCGCAGAAGCAGCUCAAUACAGUCCUCUCCCAACUCACCCAGAAGAUUGAGACCCUGCAGGAGACUCCCGUCUCAAACACUGAUGUCACAAACGAAGUCGAUGAACUCGAUACCCAGAUCCUCAACCUUGCGAACAAACUCCAAAGUGCCACUGUCAAGCGGGAAGAUGAAGAAGAUAUCAUCAGCGUUGAAUUGGUUGUCGAGUUGCUGGACUUGCUGGUUGUCAAGCUUGAGGCUGAGAUUGAGAUUGGAGGCGUCGACAAGCGCACGGUUGACCAGGAUGCUGAAUUCAAGAAACUUCUUCAGAAACUGAUUGAUCUGCUGAGGCUCCGGACUGAAGGCAACAAGAAUGUCGACAAGGAUAUUGAGAAGGUUGUCAUGGAUGUUCUCAAGAUCCUCAAGAUCAACGACAAGGGUGAUAUCAUGGGCAAAGGCAAGGGUAAGGGCAAGGACAAGACCAAGAAGGAGAAGGAGCGCCGAAACGAUGAAGUUAAUGAGUUCACUGCUGAUGUCACCGAUACCCUUGAGCGCCUACACGGUGAGGUAGAGGAGGUUACUGAUGUCGCCAACACCCUCGAGCGCCGCGAUGAGCAGGACCAGGAAACGGAUGUCACCGUCACUCUUCCACAGACCAAGGUUCCCGACGGCAAGGCCAUCAACUUUCCACUGCUCAAGGUUCCUGACGGCAAAGCCAUCAACCUUCGUGAUGUCAGCGAUGACGCACAUCUCGACAACCUCCUGGACCUCCAAGUCGACAUUGAUGUUGACGCCGACGUUCAAGUUUAA